AUGGGCGACGAAGGCGACGAUGACGAUCUCUUCUUUUCGCAAAUCGCCGGCGAGCUGGAUAGCCUCAUCCCCGCUGGGCCUACUCCCACUCCUCCUCUUACUCAGACAUUCGCUUCUUCUUCAUCAUCACCGUCGUCUUCUUCUUCUUCCCGCGUUGCGCCUCAACCGGCGCUCGCGUUGCCGUUCCCGUCGUCGUCGUCGGCGCCGUCUCUGGUUCCGCCGGUGGCGCGAUCUUUUUCGUCGACGCUGGCCACGCCCACGAGCAGCAUCAGCGCCAUUCCGCUGCGCAGCCCCGCCCCGCAGCUGCUCCUCCCGCCCUCCGUCGACGCCUCGGGGAUGCACAUCGGGUCGUUCAAGCGCAACUCCCGGUUCAACACGGGCAUCAUGACCAUGCAGACGGCCGUGGCCAACGCCGCUGCUGUUGGCGCCGGCGCCGGCGGUGCUGCACUGGGCUCGUCCACGGUGGGCGGGCCGGCUGGUGGUGGACUCUCCCUGACCAUGAGCAUGAGCGGCGUCGGCGAAAGAUGUCUGGACGUGGUGCCGGAGAAGUUUGCCAACGUGACCAAGGAGGACGUGCCCAACUCGCUCAAGUACUACAGCGACUUCUUCUCGAUGCUCGAGGAGGAGUUCAACACCCUGCCCGACGCCGAGCCCGAGCCCUCCCCGCUCGAGAGCAACCCCGACCUGGCCCUCACCCACGAGCAGGAGCAGGUCCUGCAAAUGGCCCUCUCCGGCAUGUCCCUGUUCUUCACCGGCUGCGCGGGCACGGGCAAGUCGCUGCUGCUCAAGGAGAUCGUGGCUCGCCUGCGCAAGGUUCAGCCGCCCGGAACGGUGUAUGUGACGGCGUCGACGGGUAUCGCCGCGUGUCAGGUGGGCGGCAUCACGCUGCACACGUUCGCCGGCGUCGGGCUGGCCAAGUACAAGGCCGAGAGCCUGGUCUUCAAGGUCAAAAAGGACCCCGUGGCCGUGAAGCGGUGGCGCAAGGUCAAGGUCAUCGUCAUCGACGAGAUUUCGAUGCUGGCGGGCGAAUUCUUCGACAAGGUGGAGUACGUGGCGCGGAAGAUCCGGGAGGACGAGCGACCGUUCGGCGGCAUCCAGGUGGUCCUCUGCGGCGACUUCCUGCAGCUGCCGCCCGUCAUGGCCAAGCACCUGUGCUUCGAGUGCGAGUGCUGGCCUCGCGUCGUUCAGAAAUCCGUGGAGCUCACUCAGGUGUUCCGUCAGUCGGAGACCGAGUUCAUCAGCCUGCUCAACGAGAUCCGCGUGGGCAACGUAUCGUUCGACACCCGAUCGAAGCUCGAGGAGUGCGUGCGCCGCUCGAUGAAGCGCAAGCAGGUCGACGACCAGCUCCGACAGCUGAAGCGGAUGACCAGCAAUACGCAGCAGGCCGCCGCGCGUGCGACAACCGAGCGACGAGGCGGCCGCGGCGCUGAAGAGAACGAAAACGAAAACGACGAAGACGAGCCCUACGAUGCGUACUACGACGAGUUCGGUGGAUUUGGAAGCGGCAAUGCGGCCAAGCGUUGGGAGGAGGUGCCGCGAGACGAAGACAUCCCGCCGACGCAGCUCUUCCCCACGCGGCGCGAGGUGGCCCACAGGAACCACGAGUGCCUGGCCGCGCUCCCCGGCAAAAGCUACUUCUUUAGGGCUGUGGACGAGGGCAAGGAGCCCUUCCUGGGCAAGCUCCAGAAAUACUGCCCCGCGCCCGAAACACUCGAACUCAAGGUGGGCGCCCAGGUUAUCCUCCUAAUGAACCUGGCCUUCAGCGGCGGACUCGUGAACGGCGCCCGCGGAGUCGUCACCGGGUUCGCGAGCGAUUCGAGCGAGGUGACGGUGGCGGGCCGCACGAGUUCGUCGGGCAAGGCCAAGCGGAAGAAGGUGGUCCUCGACGCCACCUACUACCCCGUCGUGCGCUUCACCACCGGCCUGGAACGGAUCAUUUUGCCGGAGGAGUGGAAGUCCGAGGUGGGACCCAAGAAGGUGGCCUCGCGCACGCAGAUUCCGCUCAACCUGGCCUGGGCGCUCUCCAUCCACAAGUCCCAAGGGAUGACGCUGAGCAAGGUGGAGAUGAACCUAAGCCACGUAUUUGCCUACGGCCAGGCCUACGUCGCCCUGUCCCGAGCCCAGAAUCUGGAGGGCCUCUACCUGAUGGGCUUCGAGGCGGGCAAGGUGAGAGCGCACCCCAGGGUGCUGGAGUACUACCGGCGGUUCUCGUCGUCGGUCGCCCUCAGACGCACCGGUCCAUCGCAACCGCGACCAUCGUCGUCGUCAUCGUGGUCGGCGGCUUCGUCUUCGUCGUCAUCUUGGCGCGCGCCGGCGUUGGCGCACGAAGAGCCGGUGGCCGCGGCUGCCGACUUCGAGGCCGACGAGCGGCAGUACCGCGAAGCGUGGGCUGAUGAAGACGAGGUCACGUGGGAGUGA